CCUCGCAUUUAUGACCUUUGCAGGUCUGUAAAGCAAAGAAAAACCUAAGUAACAUCAUAAGUACAGUCGUACUUCACUUAGCAACUGCUUUGCUUAACAACUGAGUUGCUGGUCCCAAUUGUGGUCGCUAAAAGAGGACUACCUGUAUCUUAGCAUACAUGGAUAUGUAUUACAUGCAUGUAAACACAAUACAUGAAUGCAGGAUCAGUGAUACUGAGGAACAAGUAUAAAGGGGAAUAUUGCACCCCAAAAUCUAAGGAAGUCAGUGAUGUCUAUUAUUUGUUCUUAAAGAACUAAAGGGAAUUAGGGAAUUAGAAUUAUACAGAAAACUCAGAAUGUUAGGUGAUAAGGAGGAUCUAAUCAUACAGCCAAUUAAAUAAGCACUUUUGGGAACAUUCGGUGGCUGGUUUAAUAUAUUGCACUAAUCUAUAGCUUGUUAAACCAUUUUUUUAAAAACUGAGUUUAAACAUUCUGCUAAAUAAAAACUAAACGUGGCUUACUUCACUAUAUAGUCCAGGCAGUGAAUUGCUAAAUGGUAUUAUGAUUGAACUUACAAGAUUGGCUAAGAUCAAACAAAAUGCUACAAAUGUUCUAAUUUUCCUCAGGCUAUAUGAUUGCAUAGAACAGGAUGAGCAAAAAAAAAAAAAAGUCCCAAAAUCAGACCAAGUUGUACUCCAUGGCUCAUGUACUGCACAGUACAGAAGUUGACCACUCCUGAUGCAUUUGAUCAAUGGUGCGAAAGAAGCUUUCCCUUCUCCCUGCUUUCUAGCUAACUGGAUCAUUAUUUUCAAAAUUGAUGAUGAUGAUGGUGAUGAUGAUGAUGCAAUCACUGCUGUCACUCUUAACAUGGGGCUGUUAAUUCUGCUGCUCAGGCCCUGCAAGUGUCAUCAACCACUCUGGCAGCUGCUCUGAGAGAACUUUAUGGUCAAUCUGGCCUGCAAGUGUUGGCAGCUGCUCUGAUCCCUAGUUUGAGCAUAGAGUCUUCAGAGCAACUGCCAGAAUGGCUCCUAACAUCUCAGGGUUUGAGCAGUGGUGUUAGCAACUUCACCAUAAACAACGGUGACAGAAAUGGUGGCAGGGUAAGGGGGCAACAGCAACAGAGGGAGAAUCAUGGCAAAUCACAAACCAGACCUCUGAAGGCUGUAUUUGAAUUGUGGGUUGUCCCUAAUGAAUUCUCGUAACACAUUAAUCCAUGGUUAACCAGGGUUUAUAAUUAACCCACUUUUCCAUAUUAACAUAGUACACCAAAUCACAGUAUGUCUGCCAACAAUCUUGGUUUGGCUGAGACUAAUCAUUUUCAUUAGAAAAUCCUGCCUGACAAUGAUGCCCUGUUCAGUUAAGGCUGGUGCUUUCAUCCCAAAUAACUUCUGAGAUGGCAGCUGUGUUAUGGUAUCAUGAGGAAUAAGAUGGUGGGUGCUACCUUUGUGGCUUCUUCAACCAAACCAACACAGUGACACUCAGCCCAUCUCCUUGAUGGCUAUAUCACCGUUAGCUCUGGUACCUUUGCUAAUGAAAUUAGGAAGUUCAGAGGAAAGAGAAACGGACAGAAUUUGGAAUGUAGGAGUCAACAGCAAGAAAUGCUAUGCGCCAGAGAGGUGGAUAAGGCAAAGGUCUUUCCCUAGGCGGUGUUUUAUUUCCAAAGGCUGCUUAUUAUUACCAGGCAGAACUGUUUUUGAUACAGACCAGCAUUUUUUUAUUUUUACAAUCUGAUUCAAUGCACAAUUCUUGCUUAUCCAAAACAGCGUUUUAUAGUUAAAAUCUUACUGUUCUACUAUGCUCAAACCAAAAUCUAACCACAAACAUUAUGAAACUAGAAUCAUUUUAUCAUAUUCUGCGGUUGAAAAGCCACCUGGGAAAGGAAACAUGCCUUUUGUAAAAUAUUUGCUUGCUUCUCUAGUAGAAUCCAUGAUGUAAAGGGAAUACAGAGAGUCAAGCAUAGGAUAAAUGCAGUAAGUAAAGAGUUCUGAGUAUAUUGUUGCAAACUAAAAUCCUCCAGAGCACUGAUGAGCUCUCUGCCAAUCCACAUAAACCAGUGAGAGAUCAGUGAAUGCAGCACUACUUUUUCAGUCCCCCCACACCCUCCACUUGCAGCAUAAUUUGUUAUUUGCAAUUAGCUAUCACUCCUCGUGUGAACUAUAUCCUGAUUUGGGCUUAGGGGAAGAAUGUUCUCAUGGUUACAAAUGCUAUUCUGUCUUAUUUUGGUGGAUUAAUCCUUUUCAGGUUUGAGAGGCAGAAUGCCACUGGGGUGGAGGGAGCAACAACAGCAAUAGCAACACAAGCAAAUAAAUAGAAUUUUGUGGGGUAACGUAUAUCUCUUUUUCUUAUCCUGACAUGUUGGUAAAGAUGGUACUAAUGAUAUGGCUUUUAACAACAUACUAUGCUAAAAUGCCGUUAGCUAAGCUAUGAUUCAGUGUCAUCUAAACAUAGUACUGAUUACAUAGAUUAUUUUUGUCAGAUAACAGUAAAUAGCACAAUUGUUCUACUUAUCAGACAAAUAUCUAGUUACAAAUGAAACAGAAAUGUUGCUAUUAUGAUAACAUAACAAUUCUCACUAACCCCCCCAAUUAACAUUGAAUAUAUUUGCUUGUUCAUAUUUGAAUAUUUACCUAUCUAAACAGAACAUAUCACCUAGGUCUUAAAACGUACUGUAGGAUGACAAUUUGCCAGCCAUUUUUUCUCAUCUGUCAUAUUUACAUUUAGUUUUUUAAAAUUAUUUUAAUUUUUAAAAAUGAGAAAGGAAACACCAGUUUCAAGCAUGCCUUUAUUCCCAACAAUUCCUCUGGGUGCCACAUGGACUCCAGAGGCAUCAAUAAAUAGGUUGGUGCAACCUAGUGCUUUGUUUGCUUUUGGUGUGUGGAUCUUUUGUAAUUGGCCGGGCCCACUAUGACCACCAUUUUGUGAGAGUGCCCAUAACCUGCUUUCCACUGCAUCAAAAAAGUUGGGGAACCUUAACAUUCCCUAUAAGAGAAUGUUGUUGUAAUAGGCCUAUAUCCCAUUUUUUCCUCCCUAAUAAUUACAUUCUCUAUUUUUCAGUCAUUUUGUUUCCUUCCACUACAUAUGUGGACUAAUAAUUUUAUAUUUAAAGCUCCUUAUUCCUUUUAAAGAAAAGAUUAGUCUUUUUCUACAAGUUUCCACUUCCGAGUACUUAAAUUUACCAUUGUCCUAUUUAACUGCAACAUAAUUUAAGCCUAUCAUAAACUUCAUAUUCUUACCUUAUACUGUUUUGACCCAGAAAACAAGACAGAAUAGUCUGCAAAACAAUUUUCUAGGAUAUUCCAUUGUAUUUUAUUACUAGUAUACACCAAUGACUGCUUGCUGCAUUUGGUAAAUAGAUUAAUUUUUAAUGUAGCUGUAAUAUACUUUUAGAACUGCUGAUCUUUAUAUAUCUGUGCCACUGUUAACAUACAAGAUUUGAAUAUGCUUCUUAAUUUCAGAAGUAUUCCCCUUGCCCUACAAUCACUAGGAACCUUCUGCAGUCUUGAACUCUCUAAAGAUGUUAGAUGUACAGUUUGCAGAAUUUCCAGGUAGCAUAUUCAGCUUCCAGAAUAUCUAAACACCAUCUGAUUCAGAUAAAUGUUAGGCAUAGCAUUCUCUGACUUACAUACUCACCAGGCCAGUUUUAAACAACCUGAAUGGGUGUUCAGCUAAGAAUACAGGUUCAGACUGGGGAAUUUACAAACAAGGUAAGACUAAUAUUACCAUUAUAUAGCUGGUUUGAGAUUAAAUAAACACAACUGAGUGCAGAAUUCCAAAAUUGAUUUCAUAUGAACAUAGCUGUGAGGCUUUGAGGAACAUGUAAGAUAAAAUGCAUAGGGAGAAAGAAAAAGUAAAGACAGAAGCAGCAACAACCUACUGAAGUAAAGAAUUUUUUUACUAGUUUUUUUUUUUUUUAUGAGCCAAGGCUUAAAAUGUACUAAUAUUUUUUUCCUUUAUAAUACUUUGAGUAUUUUAUUGUGACAAGUAUUAGAGAUUAAGUCAUAUGUGACUUUGGACAGUAUUUAGAAACAGGUAUAUCAAUCUUUACUAAUCAAUCCUACAUAUGCACUUGAAAGCAAGCCUCAUUAUGUUCAAUGGUGCUUCAUCCCAGGUAAAUCUGCACUGUAAUCUCAGAAUAGACAAUUUGGUGCCUCCAGAUGUUUUGAACUACAAUACCAUUUGCCAUGCUAAUUGAGACUGAUGGAGCUGAAGUCCAAAGUGACUGAGAGGCAUUCAGCACUACUUCAGCAGUGGUGGAGGGUCUCUACUUUAGUUUCCUCAUCCAUUUGAGUACUGUAUUACAAAUAAAGGGUGAAAGAUGAAUAGGGUAGAGCUAAGACAAACUCACAUUGAUCUCUGUCUCUUUUCUCUUCAGAGAUGGUUGCUUAUUUCUGCUGAUAGCCAAGCAGCUCAUGCCUUAAAAUGGAUACAGUCCUUUGUAUGAAGUACCUGAUGUUUUUCUUCUGUCUUCUGGUGUUUAUCGGGGCACUCUGCCUUAUUUUUGUGGCUAUCUGGGUGAUCAUUGACCCUAAAAGAAUUCUGGAUAUCUCUCCCAGCUACUUCUUAACUGUAGCAGCUUGUAUUGUCAUCCUUGUGGGUCUACUGCUCUCAUGGCUGAGCUACGUGGGCAUAUAUGCAACUGUUGCUGAAGAUGUAAAGCUGCUGCGGUGUUUCUCCAUAUUGAUCCUGGUGAUCUUCAUUGUGGAACUUCUGGUUGCUAUACUCCUUUAUUUCUUUGCAGAAAAGAUCCGCAAUGAAUAUCUUGUAAAUCAGCUGGUCGCAUAUUAUACAGGAGACAAAGGCACUAAUGCAUACUCUAAAGCUUUAAAUGGCUUCAUGAUCAUGUUUCAGUGUUGUGGAAUUUUAGGACCGGAAGAUUUUCAAAGUGCUGAAUUUUUCAGAGAACAACAGCCAGAUGACUUAUGGCCACAUGCUUGUUGUACUCGAGCCAUGCCCCCAGAACCUGAUGCCAUUCUGGAUGUGACGCUCUGCCAGCAAAACAAAGCUGGAUAUCUCAAUAAUAUAGGCUGCUUCUCUACAAUUGAAUAUUUAUUUGAUUGGUAUAUGUGGACUCUUGUGGGCUGUAGUUUAGGAGUACUAGCUGCUGAGGUAAGCAGGGUUGAGUCUAUAUGUAAAGGAAGCCUCAUAUUUUCCUUGGGGCCUCUCUAUUAUUAGGUUCAGUAAUGUGUUUCAUUUGGCUUGAUUUAAUGUGUAGUCUUUCCAGGUAGUCAUGAUUUGGUGCAAACCAUGGCUAACACAAAUUAUAGCUUCAAAUGAUCAGCAACAGGGCUUUGAUGUAUUGGUUUUUCAUUUGCAAUAUAUACCUUCUGAAGAUUUUCCAUAAAAGAUGGAAUAUACAUUUAUUAAAUAAAUAAAUUUUACUUUGGGUUAUAAUCAUGGGCACAGAAAAAUACUUCCCUUGAUAUUUCAAAAUCUCUUGGAGGAAUAUAUCAGAGUAUACUCUGAAGUAAAAUUUUAUUUUAGUGUGAAGUAACUAGCUCUGGGUAAUAAGUACUCACACCUGUGGGGUGUGGUGGGUGGAUGACAGAGCAAGGCAUAUAAUCAAUGCAGUGUUGGGUAUUUUGAGAGAUGCUCUCGGUUAAGAUGCUGACUGAUGUUUGUAAGUAUUGUAAAUAUUGUACAGUAAAUAAGGUCUGUUGCUAAGAUAGUCUGAAGGCUGUUUCUUUGGCACACGGAAUGCCACAACGCGAUAUAUUCUGACAGAAUAAAGAUGUGAUAAAGCAGCAUAUAGAUGGCUCCACACAAAAAAGUGGAAUCUUUGCAAGUAUCAGAAAGAAAGAACUGGAUUACAGCCAAAAUAUUGGGGGGGAGGGACUAGUUUUUUCCUAAAUAUUCUGAUUUCUUGCUUCUCCUUUAUCACAUCAGACAAAAUUUCCUUUUGGAAAGGGGAAAUUUGCUUCUUAAAUGUUUUUGUUCUAGCUUAAACAAAAGCCCUAAGGCAGCCCUAAGAACUAACACAUCCAUCUUGAUUUUUGUUUCAGAUAUUUACCAUGGCGACUGCAUGGUACCUGCAUCGCAAAUUAGAUGAUUGAUCUAAUUAUCUAAUUCUGGAGAAAAUUAAACAUAUAAUAUUGGGAAAUUUUAUCAGUAUCUCAUGUUUCAGUCAAACUAGAUAAUCCAUAACUUGCAGGAAUGGGCCCAGCUGGGAAAUCAUAUCUUCUCCCAAGCCUUUAGGGUAGGUACAAGGAACUUGCAGCCACGGUAUAGCUGUGGAAAUCCUAAAGUGGACCACCAGUGUCAUCUUCUCAAGCCCUGCCCCCACCUUUUCACCUCAGUGCUAAGGAAAGCUUCCUUGCCAGCAUGAGCAGAGAAAUGCCUCUUGCCUUCUAAAGCUCCCCUCCCUAAUACAUGUUGGCCCACUGGAGGAAGGUAUAUAUGGGAGACUCAUAGUAAAUUGAGCUCAUACUAAGUAUUUCAUCCCUGCUUUAAAUGCCUUGAUUUGGUACCUUAAUAGUUCUCAUUUUAGACCAUCAGUGUCCAUGUUUUAUCUGCAUUGCUGUGCUUGUAGGGACAUACUAGUACCAUUUGUACAUUGCAACAUUUGAGCGGGCAGUGAACAGGUGCUAGGUGCAAAAAUGAGUAAGUGGUGACAGGAACUCAGAGAACCACUACCUUUACUGCUGUUUGGUGAAAGGAAGCACUUGAUGGCACUUGAAUGUUACAGCAGUUCUGGCAGUCUAUUUGACUGCAGUGCAUGGAAUGGUAUGAGUGUGAGACAGAGAGAUUAUCCCAUUCCUUAUCUCAGGCAAUAAAAAAUUAUCAAUCAGCAACUUUGUCAAUUUAACUUGGGAAGUUGUUCAAAGGGGUCUAUAGGUAGGUUCAAAAAAGUCAAGAUGGUGAUUGCAACUGCGUGAUCAAAGCUGUACCCCCUUUUUACUUGUGUCAUGGCCACCAUCUUGACUUUUUGAACCUACCUGUGGACAUCCCUGGAGUUGUUCCUUGAUUAUGGCAAUACACAAACAUGAUAGAUAAAUAAAUACACAAAGUGAAACUCAGAAAUAUCCCUUAAAAAUAGAAUAAAAGCAAAACAAAUGCCAUAGUACUAUUAUUAACAGCCUGUAAAACAGUAUACUACAGUCACUCAUGCCGUAGUCACCUCAUGGCUCUGCCCUUGAAGACUACUUGAAGUUUCAACUGGUCCAGAAUGUAGUGGCAUGGGCAGUAAUAGGCAUGCAUCAGUGAGUUAUGUUACACUCACCACCUCAAGAUCCUCAUGGACCCAAGAAGUUGGGCUUCCAGGUGAGGUUCUAUGGCAGACUAGACAUUUCUGAAGAAGCAGAGAUGGUGCUGCAGUAGUGAAUGGCAGCCAGUAGUGAUUUCUGGCCAGCAAAGUCUUUCCAGAUAAAAGAGAGACUAAGAGAUUAUCCACCUGCACUCUGGACUGCUGCUCCUUGUAAGGAGACUGCAGGAUGGAAUUCCUGUGGUUUUCUCAUGAGUAGAGUGGCAAGGGGUCAAAGAAGAAACAGCACGCUUGCAUGAGCAAGCACAGCCUUUUAAAGGACACUAAGUUCAACCAAACCCUCACUUUCUUAAUCACUUUCAGAUACAAUCGAUUUACAGUUGAAAAGAAGUCUUUGAAAACAGCGGGACAAAAAGUCAAAAGAGAGGGAAAAAGGAAAAGCUUGCCUUUUACUUUCAUCUUUGUAGUUGAUUUACUUUUACUUUUGGAUUAUAAAUAAAAGAACAGCGAUCACCAGAAAAACUGCAAGUCUUGGUGAGGGAAGGAGAAGAUCGUUGGAGCAACCAACAAAAAUGGAAUUACUCCAGAAAUAUUACAGAAGAUGCUUGAAGAGAUGGGGAAGCAGGUAUCUGAAUUUGUCAAAUCUAUUAAAAGUGAGCUGGUUGCCUGUGAAGUGAAAAUGGAUGAAAGGUUUGUAAAUAUGAAAGAGGAGAUGAAAGAAGUUACCAAAACAAUAUGAAGAAUCUAUAGGAUAACUUACAGGAGAAGUUAAAUUAAUGACAAAGUAGAAAUUUUAGAAAGUAAAACAGAAAUAAUAAACAGAUAUGGAAAAAGACUUAGACAAUCUGGCAUUACUGGAAUUGAGAGAAAAAAGAAUUUUGCUUGAGAUUUAGAGCAGUUCCAGAGGAUCCUAUAGAAGACACCAGAGAAAAGGUUGUUCAGUCUUUAACAAACUUUUUGGACUGGGAUGAAGAUGAUAUGGAGGCAGAAAUCAACGAAGUGUACUGUAUAGAAUCAACAUACAAAAUCAACUAAAGCUUGAUGAAAAAUAUUCAAGAACUCUUUAUCAGACAGGAUGGAUAAAAAACAACCAACCAAAUAAACAGCCAGCCAACCUAUUAGAAUAAUGAAAAUGGGAUGGGAAAGAAAAAUUAUGGCAAUCUUAAACUAAGAAGACUUAAUGGCCACAUUUUUCCUCCCUUUUUUCUCUUAACCAUCUGAGCAUCCUGACUCUGUUUCAGUACGCUACAUGUAUCUUGUAGUCCAUGGGAUACAGGCAACAAUAAGUUGGCUUCCAAGAUCCUAGAUUCUCUAGAUCAAGAUUGUAGCUAGCACAGCUUAAUGUGAGCAUGCUUGGAUCAAAACUGAUGCAGGGAAUGCUGCAUGCAACAGGCGUAUGACUAAGGCGAGUUAUCUAGUCUAUACUAUCUCUGUCCUAUUAAAAAUAUUAUACAAAUGCUUCCGUUGACCAUAUCCUUGUUAGAAAAUGUGGUUAGUAUCUAUGGGUCCACCUGUUGAUGAUUGGGGCAUAUGGAAUAUUCUGACUAUCAUUACCAAGAAGAGUAAUGGUAAAGAGUGUGGAUUAACAAAUGAAAUGAAAGAAGCAAAAAUAAAUUCAUUGCAUAUGUGAAACAAAGAGAAAGUGGAAGGAUGAAAAAGAUACGAAUAAAGGUGGUACAAUCUUGUGGAAUGGAACUGAUGAACACAUAUAAGGAAGUGAAGGGGUUUAAUUGGGAAUAAAAUCAGUGGCAUCUGCAGCAGGUUCAGUGAAAGCAGCACUGUCAUAAGCCUUACUCCUUUUGUACAUGCAUCACAAGGGGCAGCAGCGCUUGUGGCACAGUGGCAAAAUGCUGCUUCGAUCAUUUUGGCAAACCAGCAGGAGCCUGUGGACACCCAUGUCUAAAAUGUAUGCUCCCUGAAACUGAGUAUCAUAUAGAUUGUUGUAUAUAUGAAAGUAGGAAUGUAUAUAUUGGUGUUAGUUGCAUGUUAUGCUAUAGUGUACAGUGAUAAUGGGAUAACAGGGAUGACUUUGGGAAAAAAUAAUGCUUACUAAUUAAGGAAUAUGGUUGGGGUAAGCGAGAAGGAAUGAUUACAUUCUUUUAGGAGAUAUGAAUGAAUGGGAUGGAAUGAGAUUAGAGAGAGUACAAAAAAGUUAUUGGGUCAAUUAAUGAGAAUGCUGAUUGGUGAACAUCUGUCUGAAAAAAGAUCUGUUUAUUUCAAAUACAUGCUUCAACCUUAAGUCUAUUUGUUUGUAUACAUGACAAAAUCACAACUGAUUGUUUAUGAUGGAAGAUAUGAGGGUGAUGAGAGAUUCUGAAUGUAGGACAGACAAAUGUCAAGAGAGGAACUUAGGAAAGAUGGACAUGUACCCAAACUAAUCAUUAUUGUGACUUUAUUGUUAACAGGGAAUGCUGCAUGUGCACAGGUAUAACUAGGUGCUAAGCUAGUCUACUCUUUGUAGAUUAGUCUGGUUGGAAUAAUGCCUUUUGUCGGCAUGGAUGUUAUGGAACAUAGGCUGAAACUGAUAGAAUCCAACUUGCUUGAGAAGAAAAUGGGAAAAUGUGGCCUUAAGAAGCAAUGACUCUUAAGAGAUACCAGUACUUUGGCUGCAAUUGCUAAAGCUCCCAUUUGGAGGAUGUGACAGCAGAUGCCGCAGGCUUAUAAUCAAGUCAUUAUAUUCAUAUGAAGCAAUUGAAGGAUAACAAUUCUAAAUGUUCUCUCUUCAGCUGACAUGACUAGCUUUGGACUGAGAUGAAUGAGGACUACCAGGGAGACAACAGCUGUGAUUUGUUCACUAGAAUUUCCCACAAUUUCAUGAUCACAGUAAAGUUAAUUAAAGGACUGUAGUACAGUGUUUUGGGUUACAACGGGUGCAUCCACAACAAGCAUGUAGUAUGAGUGGUUAGGAGGAAGAAAUGUCUUAUGAUCAUUGUUUCCUGUACAGAUAAUAAGAAUAUUGCAUCUCUGUAUAAGAUCAAGGCUGGAGCUAGCCUUGGCAAUCAGUUUCUAAAAGGCAUUUGUGCAUGAGAAGGAAUUUCUGCCUGCAGCUGAAAUUAAACCGAAAGCAGUGAUCUUAGAAAUACAUUGGCAAUUAACCUGUAAAGGCCUGUUUCCAGAAAACAGACUCUUGAGAAAUAUUAUGUAUAAAUGUAAAUGGUAACAUUCUAGGAAUCUAUGUUUUGUAAAAAUGGAGGGAAAGGAAGUUUCUGUAAAAAAGAAGGGGCCUCCCUAACCAAUACAUUAUUUAAAUGUUGUACUCUCCCUCGGUAUUAUGCUUUCUGAAAUGGCUCACAACAUCAAAAUUUUAUUAUUAUAAUGAGAACACAGUAACAAAAUGAAAUAAAAUAAAAACUGCAGCAAAAAGAACAGCAAAGUAAAUGCUGGCUCCCUCAGUUAAGGUCUAUGAGUAUUGGUAGUUGAGGCACAAAUCCAAAGCAGAUGUCCCCAACUGGUAUUUGGACUUGUUCCCAUGGUAUAUGUUAUGUAUGAAUUUUCAGCUUAGUCUUCAAAAAGAAUAUUAAAGCUGGCAGGUUUUGCAAUCUUUCCCAAGCUCUGUAAGAAUUCCAUAAAUAGAAAACAUCAAGCAGGAGGAUGAGUAUAGGGAGGCAAAUGUUCAGUUGUAUGCAUUUGUGACUGAGUGAGAACUACCAAUCAGAGAAUAACUUCUUUUACUUGUACUUAAGAGUAGUUUCAACAGUGGCAAAACAUAUGUGAAGCAACUGAGUCGUGUCUGGCACAAGGUACCUUUUCUGACAUUGGAUCUCUUAAGUUUGAGAAUUUCACUUUUCUCUUCUCUGAGAUGUUCUCUAUGUCUUAGGAAUUGUCUUACUCUGGAAACCAGCGGCACUUCUCAUCCUCUUUGUGUGUUUCCAAACAAGUAGUUUUCUAUGAGAUCUGUUCAGUGUGAGACUUACACCAACUCUCAAGCUCCACCCGUUUCAUUAAUAGUUUUCAGUUGCAUUUGUGCAUUCAAAUUUGAUGCUGAAAAGUUGCGUGAGACUGCAGAUGCAGCACCUGUUGGCAACUCAUAAGUGGUCACAUCUGUCUCCAGAAUUGUGUGGCUGCUUUAAAAGUCGCCCAGCAAUGGCCAUGUGAUCCUGGGAAAAGAUAUGGCUGCUUCAAUGACUUGCUGACAAGAAGUCCUUUGAGCUCUGAAGCAAAUUUUUGGAAUCCAAUCCAAUGCAUUGUACAGUCCUACUUUCUAUGACUUGUCCACACUCUUCAGCUUUAAGUAUAUUCUGUAUUCUGAUUCAGAUACACCUCAUUCCUUUAAUUUCUUUGGCAUAUUAUUUCUUAUUCCUUUCCUUCACUCUGCAUAACAUUACUUACCUGAAAGGGGAUAAUGUGAUGAAUAUGAAUGUACAAUCCAAACUAUAUGCUAAUAUGUUGUGCAAAUUCUUCCAGAGAGACUCUUCUCAGUUACACAGAUCCUCAUUUUCAGCCCUCUGCAAAAGCUGCAUUACACAUUUUGAUACAAGCAGCAUAGCUUAUUGUUGCCUUAACUUUUCUUUAGGAUACAUCUAUCUGCGUGUUAAUUGCCCACAUGGGAAGUCACCUGGCCACUCUAAAAAUUUCCUAGUUAUGCAACAGCAAGAAAGAAAUAUACUUCUGAGAUUUAGAGAACAAUGUCAUCUUAUUCCAAGUGGAUUAGAAAGUUUGGUUUAUAUUAACCAGGCAAAAAAAUUCAGAAGCAGAUAGUAUAACUUAACCAAAGCAAGUUGCAAUAGUUACUCAUAUUAUCUAGCUAAGAAUGAGGAAUGAGGCAUGGAUUACAGUUUUAUUUUAUGUUACAGUUUAUAUAGCUAACAUGGAAAAUCUGUAUCUAUAAAUAUUUGGUUAUAUUUUCAUUCAAAUAUGCCUGAGAACUGAGUACAGACAACAAAAUUAUAUAAUAAAAAAAAGAGAAAUCCAAGCACUGAAAUUCAGAAUAAAUGUCCCAAUGGCAAUCAAUUUACUGUACAAUGAUUUCUUGUAAAUCUGCAAUGGUUUUUAAAAAUAUGGAUGCAAACUCUCUGUCCAUGAGGAUUUUGUAAUACCUAUAGAGAGAUCGGAACUGUUGUUAAAUGGUUCCAGGUGUGUUUGUUUAAAGAAAGUUAGAAAAGCUGAGUAAAAUGGAGACUUCAAAGUGCUCAGUAGAAUGCCUGCAACUUAAGGUUGGGUCAAUUGACUCUGCUGUAAAAAGAGUUAUAGAAAACUUAGCUCCUCAGUAAGUUGGUUCAGCUGCCUUGCUUUGAGCUUGGACCAGAGAGUAAAUUUACAUUCCAGAUGACAAUAUUACACCUUAUGCUAGGCUGGAAAUGCCUUUUACAGUUCUUGAGCCAACAGAUAUAUUGGAUUUACAACAUCUGUCUCCACAAGCAAGUAUGGUCAUAGGCCAAGCUGUCUAGGGAUGUGUCAGCCCUAUAAGGUAGAUCUGACCAAGAAACCAAUGCCAUGUAGGGCAAUACUACUUUAUUGUAAAGCUAUA